AUGUCAAACAAUUUCGAAAUCUCCACCACCAUCUCGGACGCAAUCUCAUCCGUCAACUACUCACCAUCGGCGUCCACAACCCUCCUAGUAUCAUCAUGGGACCAAACCUUAAGAUUGAUAGAUACGCAUGCCGGAACAAGCGGUCGUGAGCUAGUACAGAUCGAUAGUUCGGCGCCAAUACUAGACGCGUGUUUUGCUGGUCAGGACGGAACGAAAGCUGUUGCUGGUGGAUUGGAUCAGGGUGUUAAAUACUUCGACCUCUCCCGAUCCACCCAAACCGCAACUUUAAGCACACACUCCUCCGCCGUAAAGUCCGUCGCAUACAAUGACGACCUCUCAACCAUAAUCUCCGGCUCCUGGGAUCGUUCUCUACACCUCCACGAUGCUCGCACCUCGUCCCAAACCUCGUCCCAUACUCUCCCUCACAAAAUAUUCAGCUUAUCGACAAUAACGAACAAGCUAGUAGUUGCUAUGGCAUCCCGUUCAAUUCACAUCUACGACUUGCGUGCUAUGGCGGAACCCCUCCAACGUCGCGAAUCUAGCUUGAAGUUUAUGACAAGGACAGUACGAUGUAUGCCGAAUGGUGAAGGUUAUGCUAGUAGUAGCAUUGAAGGAAGAGUUGCGGUUGAGUUUUUCGAUCCGAGCAAGGAGAGUCAGAGUCGGAAGUAUGCGUUUAAAUGUCAUAGACAGCCUGAAGGUGAUGUCGAUGUCGUUUAUCCGGUCAAUGCGCUAGCUUUCCAUCCUACAUACGGUACAUUUGCCUCUGGAGGCGGAGACGGUGUAGUGGCAUUGUGGGACGGUGUAGCAAAGAGACGAUUAAAGCAGUACCCAGGAUACCCAGCAUCAAUCGCGGCAAUGGGAUUCUCAAAUAACGGAAAAUAUUUGGCUGUCGCGAGUUGCAAUGGGUUUGAAGAUGGGAAGGAAACAGUUCCGAGUCCAGAAAACAAGUUAUUUGUUAGAGAGAUGGGCGAAAAUGAGGCUAAGCCGAAGAACAUGGGAUAG